UCCCUUGAAACGAACAUGAACCUCCUCAGUCCUCAGCCAUUCAAUCCACUGAGAAGAACUUCCCCAAAAAUAACCAGUGCUCCAUUGUCACGCAGCAAUGGAAGCUCUCACAGUAAACCCACCUCUGUACAGUACUCUCAAAAACCGUUCUUCUUCUACCAAACCCACUCUGAAUUCUCAUGAACCCUCGACAAUUUCACAUUCCUUUCUCUCUUUGAGUCUCGGCACAUCAAUCUCUCAUCGAUUAAUUAGAACUUAUGCAGUUGAAGAUAAACAAUCAUCAUUCUUUGUCGAUCAAGAAGAACUAAUUAAUCAAGAAACAACACUCCAAGAAGAUGAAUCUUUCGGUGAAGUUAAGAAAAUCAUUGGCAGUAGAAGAGCAGCGGCCAGCAUUGAGGGAGGAGAUGCAGAAGAAAGCGGAGGAUUAAUGGAGUACUUGAUUGAAUGGAAAGAUGGUCAUACUCCAUCAUGGCUUCCAGCUUCUUUUAUAGCUAAAGAUGUUAUUGCAGAAUAUGAAACUCCUUGGUGGAAUGCAGCUAAAAAAGCAGAUGAUGUUGCCUUGCAAAAUCUCAUUCAGCCCACUGCAAACGAAGAAGACGAAGAAGAAGAAGUGGCAACACUAGAGAGAUAUGUUGAUGCAGUAGAUGAAGAUGGGCGCACUGCAUUACUCUUUGUAGCUGGACUUGGUUCAGAAGAAUGUGUGCGGAUAUUAGCAUCAGCUGGUGCUAAUGUCAAUCACAAAGACAUACGUGGGCAACUAACACCAUUACAUAUGGCAGCUGGAUAUGUCAAACCAAAUGUAGUUCGCGUAUUGAUUGAGUUAGGUGCAGACCCUGAGAUAGAAGAUGAGAGAGGACGUACCCCAUUAGAUUUAGCUAAAGAGGUUCUGAAUGCAACACCAAAAGGGAGUGCAGUACAAUUUGCAAGAAGAUUGGGACUUGAGAAUGUGAUUAAGGUGUUAGAAGACGCAAUAUAUGAGUUUGCAGAAGUGGAAGAGAUUUUAGAGAAGAGAGGCCAAGAUGACAAGAUUGAGUAUUUGGUGAAAUGGAAAGAUAGUGAUGAGAAAGAAUGGGUGAAAGCUGGAUUGAUUGGUGAGGAUUUAGUUAAGGAUUUCGAAGAUGGGUUAGAAUAUGCUGUGGCUGAAGAAAUUCUUGAUUGUAGAGAAGGUGAUGAGAAGAAAAGAGAGUUUUUGGUCAAGUGGAGUGACAUUGAAGAAGCUACUUGGGAGCCAGAAGAAAAUGUUGAUCCUGAUUUGAUCAAAGAAUUUGAAGUGAAAAAUGGUGGGGAGGUUGUUGCUGCGGAGGAGGCAGAUACUUCGCCUGUGGUGGAUACAGAAGUUGAGAAGGUGGUAUUGAAGGCAGGGUAUGGUCCAAAACCUUCACCUGGUCAGACUGUCACAGUGCACUGCACUGGAUAUGGUAAAGAUGGUGAUAUGUCUAAAAAGUUUUGGAGCACAAAGGAUUUUGGACAGAAACCUUUUACAUUCCAGAUUGGCCAAGGUUUGGUUAUAAAAGCUUGGGAUGAAGGUGUUAUGGAUAUGCAGCUAGGAGAAGUUGCUCGUCUCCAUUGCACUCCUGAGUAUGGUUAUGGUGCAAGUGGUUUUCCUUCAUGGGGGAUACAGCCCAAUUCACCACUGAUUUUUGAGAUUCAAGUCCUAAAGAUAAAGUGAAUGCAGUGGUGUUGAUGUCAGUAAUUUCGUAAAGACUGUACCAUCUGUGCAAGCCAGAGGAGUCUUUAAAGAUUUUUGCAUGCUUUGUAAUCAAAUUUUGUGUAAUUUUGAGGUUCUGGUUGUUGUAAUCGUUGCGCUAUAUUAUGUCACUGCAAAAUUGAAGUCCUUUCUCCUCCUAAAUGGAAGUUUGUGCA